AUGUCUGCCACCGACUCCGGCAACCUCAGUCCUCCCGAUCCGAAGCGCCGGCGUACCCGGAAGCCCGCCAAGCAGAACGGCAAGAUGGAGGACGACUUCGCCGAGCCCUACAACAUGGAUAUGGAAAGCGGCAGAAAGCGUCUCGAGGAGAUCAAUGCCAAGUUCACAGCCGCCCGUGACCGCCUCCUAGCCGACUACGAGGCCGAGCAGCGCGACCUCUCGGAUACGCUCCUCAAGGCCCUCGAGAAGCAGAUGAGCAUCCAGCACUCGAUCCACGUCCUCGCCGAGGCGGCGCAGGACCGGCUCGACGCCGAGGAGCGCAUCCAGGCGCACGUCGACGGCGCCCAGGCGCGCUUCGAGCGCCUUGAGACGCUGCUGCGCGUGGUCGUCCAGGGACGCAUCGAGGAAGCCGAGGCCGCGCUGCUCGAGGCCGGCGGUCUUGUCAAGGCGGAGGGUCUCGGCGUCAAGCAUGAGUAG